AUGGUGUACUGCGGCAAACCCUCCAAGGGCUGCUCGUCCUGUCGCGAGCGCAAAGUUCGCUGCGACCAAAAGGAGCCAACAUGCGGCCAGUGCGAGCGUCGCCAGCAGACGUGCCCUGGCUAUCGCAACAUUGUCGACCUCAUGUUCCGCGAUGAGAGCAACCAUGUCAUCAAAAAGGCCACUCGGACCAACCGUCGCGGCGGCAUCAAGAAGAUGGAGGCAGCAGCAGCAACAGCAGCGCCCAAGCCGUCGGCGUCAUCAAUACGAGCCUUCUCAUCAUCAUCGUCCGUCACGACACACAAUGCCACGUCCUUCCUCGCCAUGCUCACCCCGUCCUCCGGCCCGCCCAGCUCCUCCGCCGGCGCCGACUCGUCAGACGACUCGGAGGCGACCAUCGACAUACCCGCCUCGGCCCUCACCCGCCUCGCCCCCGGCUACCCCCUCAACAAGUCGCUCCAGGAGCGCGGGACGGCCUUCUUCUUCUCGCGCUACGUCGCCGUCGACUUUGGCUGCUACCAGAACUACGACUUUGUGUACGACGUCUGGAAGCCCCCCAACUCGGACCUGCACCGGGUCGACUGCGUCACCGCCAGCAUGGCCGCCGUCGGCCUCGCCGGCCUCUCCAAGGUCACCCGCUGCGGCAACACCAUGAUCAAGGCCCGCCAGAGCUACGGCACCGCCCUGCAGCUGACCAACAACGCCCUGCGCGACCCAGAGACCGCCGUCAAGGACAGCACCAUGCUCUCCGUCCUCAUCCUCGGCACCUUUGAGUUCAUCACCGGCCGCACGCCCCAGACCAUGCGCGCCUGGCAGGACCACGUCAACGGCGCCGCCGCCCUCACCCGCGCCCGCGGCACGCUGCCCUUCACCACCAAGGCCGGCCUCCGCAUGUUCCUCAUGCUCUGCCACUCGGUCCUCAUCAGCUGCAUCCAGGGCGGGCUCCCCAUGCCCGCCGCCAUGCUCGACCUGCGCCGGGAGCUGGGCCAGUACACCAACACGCGCGACCCGACCUGGCGCAUCGUCGAGCCCAUCUGCCGCGCCCUGCAGAUCCGCUACGACAUCAAGAACGGCACCCUCGCCAACACGGACGAGAUUGUCGCCCGCCUCGGCGACGUCGAGGCCGAGUUCCAGGACAUUGUCCGCGAGAUGCCCCGGUCCUGGCGCUACCGCUGCGCCCAGGUCAACCGCCCCAACUCGGCCAUCCUCGGCAGCUGGUGCCACAUCUACCCGGGCUUUGCCCAGGCCACCACCUGGAACGGCAUGCGCACCAUGCGCAUCCUCGUCCAGGAGACCAUCCUCGAGCAGCUCUGCUCCAGCAUGGCCCGCACCUCCGUGCCCCCCAUGCGCCACCAGGUCAUGCUCGUCAAGGCCAUGCGCAUGCUCGAGCUGCUCGGCGAGGCCGUCAUCGCCAGCACGCCCCAGCACUUUGGCAUCGUCAGCGCCCGCGACGCCAAGCCCGACGUCGACGGCCAGGGCAAGGGCACGCUCGAGUUUGUGUCGGCCACCCGGCCGCCGCACCCCAUCGCCUCGGCGUGUCCCAUCCCCUCGCCCCGUCGUCCCGCGCGGAACCGGACGCCCGAGUCGCCCGUCACCUCGCCGCGCGCCACCCUCCUGGACCCGACGCAGUCCGACGACGGCCGCGGGGAUCCCGAGCGCUUCAUGACCCUCGCCUCGGCGAGCAAUACCAUCGUCUGGCCCCUCUACACCCUCGGCAUGUCCAGCUCGUGCACCCGCGAGACGAGGCAGUACAUUAUCGACAGACUCCACGCCAUCUGGACAGAGACCGGCCUCGACCAGGCUCGCAUGGUCAAGCAGUUGCUGCUCGACAAGGUUGAGACCGUGCCCUGGGAGGGCAUCCCCAUGCUAAGCCUGCCCGAGAUCUCGGAUGAGUGUCUGCCGCUCACCGUGUGA